CGAACAUGAGGACAUGUUUCGGUCUGGUUUUGUUGACGCUGUUCUCUGCGCGCGGCUCACUGAUACCGUUCACAUCCCGAAGUGAAUGUUUAACUGGAUGCAAUACAAUGUGGGACGAACUUAUGCAAAUCUGUCCGAACCAGCUUGAUCGGGCUGAAUGUAUUGAGCUCAACGAAAGAGGCAAAAGUAUUUGCUUUUACUCUUGUGAGGAGAUGUUUCCAACGAAGCCGCAUCAGUAGUUUUGUUGCUUUCUCCAGUUCAUUUUUGCGAUUCACACACGCAUAGCAGCGAAACAGAACUUCUGUAGUGUUUCGUUGGAUUUUCUAAAUAAAU